AUGGAAUCUCAACAACGCUCUGACUUGGACCGAUCUUUCAGCCAUGGGGAAAAUCUCGAGAAGGCCUCAAUGAACCUGUCCUCGUCUGGCCCUGACAGCGAUUCCUCUUCCUUUCUCGGCGAGAAAGAGAUACGAGAGAUUCGUUCAAACCAUAUCACGCGCCGCCGUCGGUGGUGGUGGAUCUCCUUUAUCCUCAUACAUGCCAUUCUACUUUCUGUAUACAUUGGGAGCCUUCUGUCUCUUCAAGCGCAGGUGAACAAGCUGCGAAAGUAUGGUCCGCAGCUCGUCAACUCCCCGGCCAACGAUGGCGUCGAGUGGGAACUUCAGACCUUUAUCAACAACGAUAAUGAACAUGGACCGUUCUCCGGACCUCCCAGGGAGGAGGUGAAUCGAAACUGGCACAGAAUCAUCAAUGAUGAGAACAUUAUCUUGGAGCCAGAAUAUAUGAAAGCUCUCGGCCGGGAUCAGUUUGGUGUAGCUGUCCCUGACGGUUCGGGAUUCCUCGGCACCUUGAACGUAUACCACGAGCUUCAUUGUAUUAAACGCCUCUAUCAGUACACCUAUCCAGACGUCUACCCACAGGGUGACACGCCUGCGGAACAGGCAAGCAAUCGCCAGCACAAAGAUCACUGCUUGGACUUCCUGCGCCAGUCGGCCAUGUGCCACGCGGAUGUCGGCGUCAUUACGUUCCAGUGGUCGCCAAAGAGCCUGGUGCCAGUGGCCAACGCAACGCACCACCAGUGCGCCAACUGGGACAAGCUCGCGCAGUGGACCAAAGGGCGGACGGUUGACAUGAUGAAACCGGGCUGGCUGAUCCACCCUUCCAAAGGUGAGGUUGCGAUUCAUCCAACGCCUCCGUCGCUUCCACUUUUCGCCUAUUCCGCUAACAGUUGA